AUGAACACCCCAAUCUGGUGGUAUUGGUUAAAAAAAAAAAAAAAAAAAGUGUUCCAGAGUGAGUGGGAUUGGGGAAUGUUACAUUGACAGUCAACUCACCCAGAAUACUAUAAAAGCUGUUGGUUUCAAAAAUUCCAAAGAUCUUUUUUUUUUCCCUCAUCCAUGAAGUCCAUAAAGCUUGGCAAUGUAUGCCAAAGAACUGAAUAUUACUUCCAUUUUUUGAUCUUAAAAGCAUUAUCUUCUGUUAAUAAGCCAAUUGAUCUGCAUAAAGUUCAUUCCCUGAUAAUAGUUUCAGGCCAACACCAAUCAACAUUCUUCUCUGGAAAACUCAUCUCAAAAUACUCCCAAUUCAAAGACCCUGUUUCUUCAUUAACCAUUUUUCGCGUAAACUCACCUACAAAUAAUGUUUAUUUAUGGAAUACUAUCAUUAGAGCUAUGACACAUAAUGGGUUAUUUACUAAAGCAUUAGACUUUUAUACCCAAAUGAGAAAAUUAAAUGUGAAGCCUGAUAAUUAUACUUUUCCUUCUAUUAUUAAUUCGUGUGGGAAUUUAUUGGAUCUUGAAAUGGGCAAAAUUGUGUAUAAUGAUGUUUUGGAGAUGGGUUUUGGAUCAGAUUUGUAUAUAUGUAAUGCUUUGAUUGAUAUGUACGCGAGGAUGAACGAAUUAGGGAAUGCGCGUGAGGUGUUUGAUAAAAUGCCUCAAAGAGAUGUGGUUUCUUGGAAUAGUUUGAUUUCGGGGUAUAGUGUGAAUGGGUAUUGGGAAGAGGCGUUAGAAGCUUUUCGGGAGGGUAGGUUAUCGGGUGUUGCUAGUGAUGCUUUUACGAUAUCUAGUGUUUUACCUUCAUGUGGGGGUUUGAUGGAGGUUGUACCGGGCCAGAUAGUUCAUUGUUUGGUGGAGAAGAGUGGCAUUAAGGGAGAUAUGAAUGUAAGUAAUGGAAUUCUUUCGAUGUACUUUAAGUUUGAGAGGUUGUUGGACUGUCAGAAAAUCUUUGAUGAGAUGAUAGUUAGAGAUAUUGUCACUUGGAAUAUCAUAAUCUGUGGGUUUUCUCACUCGGGGUUAUAUCAGGAGUCUAUCAAACUGUUUCGAGAAAUGGUUUAUGAGUAUGAGCCGGAUCUGCUUACAAUUACUUCUGUUUUGCAAGCUUGUGGACAUAUGGGGGAUUUAAGAUUUGGCAGAUAUGUUCAUGACUAUAUAUUGGAAAACAGAUACGAAUGUGACACGACCGCGUGCAAUAUUAUUAUUAACAUGUAUGCAAAAUGUGGUGAUUUGGCAGCUGCGAGGCAAGUUUUUGACAACAUGAGAAGAUGGGAUUUGGUCUCAUGGAACUCAAUGAUUAGCGGUUAUGUUGAAAACGGGUUUAAUAAAGAAGCAGUAGAUCUGUUUAAGAUAAUGAGGAUAGACUUGCAACCUGAUUCUAUCAGUUUUGUGACGCUUCUCUCUACCUGUACAAAGUUGAUGGAUGUGGAUUUUGCAAGAGAGCUCCACUGUGAUAUAAUUAAGACAGGAUAUGAUUCCACUCUCAUUGUGGGCAAUGCUCUUCUAGAUGUGUAUGCCAAAUGUGGUAAAAUGGAGCAUUCAGUGUGGCAAUUUGAAAUCAUGAAUACUAGAGAUAUUGUAACAUGGAAUACUAUUAUUGCUGCAUGUUGCCAUUAUGAGGAAAGUUACGUAGGUUUGAAGAUGCUCAGUAGGAUGAGAAUGGAAGGAAUCAUGCCAGAUGUGGCUACCAUUUUAGGUUUGCUGCCUUUGUGUUCCUUGCUUGCUGCCAAAAGACAGGGGAAAGAGCUGCAUGGAUUCAUUAUCAGGCUCAGUUAUGAGUCACACGUCCCUGUUGGAAAUGCACUGAUCGAGAUGUACUCCAAAACUGGGAGUUUAAAGAAUGCAAUCUUGGUCUUUGGGCACAUGAGGAUUAAAGAUGUGGUGACAUGGACAGCAAUGAUCUCUGCAUAUGGAAUGUAUGGUGAAGGAAAGAAGGCUCUCAGAUCUUUUCAGCAGAUGAAGGAGAUGGGUACUGUUCCCGAUCAUAUUGUUUUUGUUGCCGUUAUAUAUGCAUGUAGCCAUUCUGGUUUGGUGAAAGAUGGUCGUACGUGCUUUAACCAAAUGGGAGAAGAAUACAACAUUGAGCCUAGGAUCGAACAUUAUGCUUGCAUGGUUGAUCUUUUUUCACGUUCUGGGCUACUGGCUGAAGCAGAGGACUUUAUCCUUUCUAUGCCGCUGCAGCCUGAUGCAAGUAUAUGGGGAUCUCUACUUAGUGCUUGUCGAGCUAGUGGAGAUACCGAAACUGCUGAACGUGUCGUAGAACGUCUUGUUGAAUUGAACCCUGACGAUCCUGGGUAUAAUGUUCUAGCUUCCAAUGUAUAUGCCACCUUAGGGAAGUGGGACCAAGUGAGAACAAUACGAAAAUCUUUGAAAACUAGAGGACUUAGGAAAGACCCAGGAUGUAGCUGGAUUGAGAUUUGUAACAGAGUUUUUAUUUUUGGCACUGGUGAUAGGUCCUUUCAACAAUUCAAGCAAGUCAGUGAGCUCAUAGAGGACCUCAAUAGAACAAUGGAUAAGGAAGGUUAUGUUGCUGACUUAAAAUUUGUUUUGCAUGAUGUCGGUGAAGAUGAGAAGAUAAAUUUGCUCCAUGGGCAUAGUGAAAGACUUGCUAUAGCAUUUGGAUUAUUGAACACAAAAGAAGGUUCACCUUUGCAAGUGAUGAAGAAUCUCCGGGUUUGUGGGGAUUGCCACACUUGGACCAAGUAUGUGUCAAAAAUUGUUCAGAGGGAAAUACUAGUUAGAGAUGCAAAUCGCUUUCACUUGUUCAAGGAUGGGACAUGUAGCUGCAGAGACCGCUGGUGAUAAAAGUCUGUUGUCCUUGCACAUACUCAGAAGAUGGAAAGAUCCUGCAAUUGAGGAGAUAAAGGAUUUGUCAUUUGAAAACAAUCUGGAGCUUCACAAACUAGUUCAUUUGGGAGCAUUUGCUGUCUGGUAUUUGGUUACUAGUUUGUCUCGAGGUGGACAGUGUUCUUUGAUUACUGGAGCAUCAUAAAAGUUUUUCAUCCAUGCUGACAAGUGAGGAAAUUUGCCUGCAUCAAACAACUUCAGGUCGAUUGCCUCCUCGAACACAUCAAGAAGAUACGCCAACCAACCAAAUACAAGGUCCAGGUAUCCUAUUUCCUCUCCACCAAAAAACUUCUUUUCUUUCAGUUGCUCUUCAAGGAGUUCUAGGUUUUGCAUCGCUGGACCAAGAGCUUCCUUUUUCUCCUCUCCUUGUCCUGUGAAAACACUCCAUAUUGAUGGCAGAAGCUGCAGAUGAAAGACAAGUAUCAAUGAAAAUUCAGCUCAUUCUUGAAAAAGAUCAAUGGUUUCUUACCUUCUCGUCCCCGAAUUUUGCCCAAAAACGUGCCAUGGCUUUCUCGUAAGGAUCUUGAGGUAGCAAAGGAGCUUCCUUCCAUGUCUCGUCUAUAUACUCAAGAAUUACCAGCGAUUCACAGAUUGGUUUGCCUUUGUGCACAAGCACAGGAACCUUUUUGUGAAUAGGAUUAUACUGGAGGAGUUCAGGGCUCUUCUGGCUUAAAUCUUCAAAAAUGGCAUCAUAUUCAACCCCUUUGAUAUGUAGCGCCCAAGCAAUCCUCAAACCAAAUCGGCUUGACCAUGUACUGUGAAGCUUGAGUUCUUCUGCCAUGUUGUUUUGCAAGUGAUAUCUCAAUAUUAAAACAAGCUCUGAUGUCAGCCAUUGCGUUGCAAAGCGUGGAAAUUUCGCAAUUAGAAGACAAAUGUGAACCACUCAGCUUUGUUUGAAUCUUCGGAGGGGAUCAUGAAUUUCUUACAUUUAUAUGAUUUGGACUUUGCUUAUCACAACAUUAUGAGUGGAGGGACAACUCAAAAAAAUUGUUUCACUUCUUUUGUAUUGACUUUUCUUCAGACGUCUGGUAGUCCAUGUUGAUAGGAGCUUUAUUCCCCAAAAAUACUCAAGCAUAUUACUAAUGUUUUUCAAGUCGGU